AUGAGUAGUCCUACAAGCUUUGAAGAUUAUGAACCAGUACAAAGCACAGCCUUAUCACCAAGAACAGCAGCUAUGAGAAACCCUUCACCUAGUUCAAACGAAGGUGAUGACGAAUCAACAAAUAAUAUUAAUCAGCAACCACCAAAACUCAACAAUGGAAAUCGCAAAAGCAGGACCCCUUCAAAUGACGUAGAUGGAAAUAGUCAGUAUCCUUCUGACUAUGUAGAUAAUGAUUUUAUGAUGGAUAACGAAUACAACGAUUAUGAAGAACUAAGGAAAGCAAUAAUUGUCAAGAGGCGGUUGUCCAGUAUCAAACGUCCGCAUGGACCGUAUAUUGAUGAACAACUAGCGGUGAACAAAAACUCAAUAAUGCGAUUACCAACUGAAGUGUUGUUACAAAUUUUCCACUAUUUGGAAAGAAAAGACUGGUACUUGCUAGCUACAACUUGUAGUGAGAUUGCUGAUUUGAUUAUAGAAAUGUUGUGGUUCCGCCCCAACAUGCAAAGUGAUUCAUCUUUCAAAAAGAUAAGGCAAGUAAUGGAGAUCAACCAAUACAAGACCCAUUGGGACUAUCGACAAUUCAUCAAGCGUUUGAAUUUGUCAUUUAUGACAAAAUUAGUUGAUGAUAAAUUACUAAACUUGUUCAUUGGAUGUCCAAAGUUGGAGAGAUUGACCUUGGUCAAUUGUGCCAAACUAACACGUACGCCUAUAACUAAUGUGCUCCAAGGGUGUGGAAGACUACAGUCGAUUGAUCUAACGGGGGUCACGGAUAUCCACGAUGAUAUCAUCAAUGCAUUGGCUGAUAAUUGCCCUAGAUUGCAAGGAUUGUAUGCACCCGGGUGCGGCAAUGUAAGUGAACCAACUAUUAUCAAAUUGUUGAAAAGUUGUCCCAUGUUGAAGAGACUAAAGUUUAAUUCAAGCACUAAUAUAACCGAUGCUAGUAUUCAGGUCAUGUAUGAAAAUUGCAAAGCCCUAGUUGAGAUUGAUUUGCAUGGCUGUGAAAAUGUUACUGACAAGUAUUUGAAAAAGAUAUUCUUGGAGUUGACCCAAUUGCGUGAAUUUAGAAUCAGCAGUGCUCCUGGAAUCACUGAUAAGUUGUUUGAGUUGAUCCCUGAUGGGUAUAUUUUGGAAAAACUCAGGAUUAUAGAUAUCACGGGCUGCAAUGCAAUUACGGAUAGAUUGGUGGAAAAAUUGGUGGUUUGCGCACCUCGAUUGAGAAAUGUCGUUUUGAGUAAAUGUAUGCAGAUAACCGAUGCUAGUUUAAGAGCAUUGAGCAAACUCGGCAGGAGCUUGCACUACAUUCACUUGGGCCAUUGUGGGUUGAUCACCGAUUACGGAGUAGCUGCAUUGGUUAGAUAUUGCCAUCGAAUACAAUAUAUUGAUUUGGCUUGCUGUUCCCAGUUGACUGAUUGGACACUUGUUGAGCUUGCAAACUUGCCCAAAUUGAGAAGAAUUGGACUAGUCAAGUGUUCGAUGAUUACUGAUUCGGGAAUAUUGGAGUUGGUUAGGCGUCGUGGCGAGCAGGAUUGUCUUGAGAGAGUUCAUUUGUCAUAUUGCACCAACUUGAACAUUGGUCCCAUCUACUUGUUGCUUAAGAGUUGCCCCAAGUUGACACACUUGUCAUUGACGGGAAUAUCAGCAUUCUUGAGGCGCGAAAUAACGCAAUAUUGUCGUGAUCCGCCACCUGACUUUAACGAGCAUCAAAAGUCGUUAUUUUGUGUUUUCAGUGGCCACGGUGUUAACCAAUUGCGCAACUACUUGACUCAGGUUAUGGAAGAAAGAACAUAUCAAAUAGAUCAAGGUGAUAUUCAUGCUUUAUUCAAUGAGAGAAGACGUCGGUUUUUGAAUGGCGAGGCUGAGCCAGAUGAGGAAGAGUUGAAUAUCUGGGAGCGAAGAUUUGCCUUGCCCCGAGAUAAUCAAUUGAAUCAGGAAAUGUUAGACAUUAAUCGUGAGAUUUUUAGAGAAUUGAAUGAGGGAAACAUGGGUCCUGAAGAAAUGAGAGAACAUUUUCAACGAUUGAUUCGCAAUCAUCACCAGCAGAGAUUGCAAGAGCAUAAUGCUAGGAUUAGAGGUAAUCAAAGGCAAGGCGAGGCUCCACCACAACAGCAGCAGCAGCAGCAACAACAACAACAACAUGCAACUCCUCCGCCACAACCUCGAACUGCAGUGCAACAACAACAACAACAACAACAACAACAACAACAAGCUCCACCUCAGCCGCCCCGUCCACAACCUCAGCAACAAGUACAGGAAGCUGCCCCUCAGCCUGUAUUCCCACCGACAAAUUUUCCAAAUGAUACACAGUUUUUCCAUCCACAUCUUAAUGCUAAUGCUAAUCCACAGAAUGCACCACAAAUUGAGCAACCACCAAUGUUUCCUAAUCGGGUUGACCAGCAUAAUCAACCGCUACCAAGAUUUGGCAACCAACAAGUGCAGCCGAUUCAGAAUCCAGGUCAACCUGAAACGGUGAUUAUCGAUAGCGAUGAAGAUGUGGAAAUGGUAGAUGCCGUUGCCGGUAUUGAUGCUGAUGCUGACGCCAACACUGGUGCUGGUAAUUUGUUUCCAAGAAUGGGUUAA